UCCAUGUAAACGGAAGUAAACGACCAAGAACAAUUUCCACGUUCACGGUUUUAUUUAGACGUUUAUUAACACCAUGGAACUCAAUAUAUGACUAAUUUAACUGAACAGCAUCACAUACUUACCCCACGUAGUAUUUAAUUGCGUUGGAGAGAGGACUUGUUUGAUAUAUGUUUUCUAGGUAAUGCUAGUUAGCUGCUAACAAUGGCUAACUGUAUGGUGUUUCACACUCAAAUAGCCUCCAUCAUGGAGGUGCUAGCGAACGCCGCCGUGGCAGAGAUCUGUAAACUCGUAGACGACGACUAUGCAGUGUUUCGUUUGGAAAUUUCUCAAGGCCAAAAAGAAAACAGGGGAUUGCGAAGGAAACUACAACUACUGGAACUGAAGGUGGCACGAGAGCGCGUCCUCGCCAGUCGUCCCAGUAGUGUCAAGAUCCUCGACCGUUACAGAGGAUUGGCAAGAGGUGAAGGACAUCUCACUCGAGGCCACAAGAGCUUUGUGAAGCCAGCAGGACACACGACAUGGAGUGAUGACCAACCAAUCACUGUUGAUGAGGGAAGUGGAACCUCAACCCAGCACGUUAUCGUGAUAGAGUCUGCAGAUGCAGAGUCUACAGGUCCUGGGGUUAAGCAGGAGAGGUCUGAUGGAAAGGAUGACCUACAGCGCAGCAGAGACAUCCAGACCGGAGUGCCCCCUGUAAUCACGGGGGUCCCCACCACUGCCCCAGCGCAGCCCAGAACCCAGCGCAGUAUCACGGAGGAGGAGGGUCCAGAGGUGCUGCUGGGGAAGGAGGAGGGGUGUGAGGAGGGUCUGGGAAACCCUGAGGGGACCAUGGUCGUGGAGGAAAACCAGAUUGCACCUCCUCCACAACCCACAGAGGAACCAGCUGAGCAGCACAAGACCACACACAGUCUCACUAAGUCAGUUGACAUGGAGGAUGGGAAGCCUGAUCUGCUGCUGGUCAAAGAGGAGACAAUAGAAGAUGGACCAGAGAACAUUGACCUGCUGAGUGGACUAAAGAUGGGGGAGCAAGGUGGAUGGCUGGAGACUAACAGAACAGACUGGGCGGCCAUCUUGGAUUCCCAGACCGGUGCAGCCAAGGGCCCAGCGAACAACAUCACUGAGCAGGCCUGGACCAGAGGUGACAUAGUGGAGGUCAGGGGAUGGGACAGCAUCCUCAACUCUGGGCUGGGGAACAACGCUGUUAACCACAACCAGAAACCGAUAGUCGAACACACAACGACAUCCAAACUUAGUCUCCAUGACAACAGACUGGCUGAGACCAGGGCGAGGCAUAGAUUUGGUCUGCAGGAACAGGAAAGUGAACAUAUGCGGCGGGAGAGUACAGACUUCGCUUACGAUGCUCCGUCCUGCUCCUAUAAUUGUGAUUCAGAAAGACUGAUGGCGCCUCAGGUUAACCCUCUAACAGGUGCUGCCUUCAGCCUGUCUUCUAUAGGAUCUGUCAACUGUAACAUGGACCCUGCGAUAACACAGACACUCCCUGGCCUUCGUCCUCCUCACAGUCUCCUAAUGUUAAACCAGACCUCAGACAAUGCCAGUGCCUCAACACUAAAUGGCUACACAAGCCCAUUGACAAAUGACAGUAGUGAAGACGGAAUCAAUAAAGGUGGCAGCGCCAAAGAGAAGCGCUUCCUGUGUUCAUUCUGUGGGAAAGCCUUCAGUUUUCCCCAACAGGUGGAGAUCCACCAGAGGAUGCACACGGGGGAGAAACAAUUUGGCUGCCACCUGUGCCGGGCCAGUUUCUCUCACUCCUUCAGCCUGAAGAGGCACCUGAGAGUCCACACAGGGGUGAAACCCUUCAGCUGUACCCAGUGUCACAUGCGCUUCGCCCAGGCUGGUCACCUGAAGAGGCACCAGAGGGUCCACACAGGGGAGAAACCCUACAGCUGCACGCAGUGUGAGAAGAGGUUCUCCCGCCAGGACCAGCUGAAGAUGCACCUGAAGGUCCACAUGGGAGAGAAGCCAUUCGCCAGUACGCACUGCGGGAAGAGGUUAUCAGAGAGGAGCUACCUCAGGAUGCACCAGCAGAAAAAACAUUCCACUCUUUAACAUAAAAAGUAACCAUUCCCUUGGAUAGCUUCUGACAUUUAGAUCAAACCCGGCAUUAAAGACAAAUAUACAUUUUCAUCGUUGUCAGCUGAAAAGACCCACAGAUGCACAGAUGACCCAUAGAUUUCAGUGUUGAAUAUUCCUGGAUAGAAUACACUACCUUUCAAAAGUUUGGGGUCACUUAUAAAUGUCCUUGUUUUUGAUAGAAAAUGUCAAGACAUGUAAUAUGGGGGUGUAGUGAGAUACCCAAUGGGCUGGACGAUUCUCUUAUUUUGAAAAAAUAUAUACAAAAAUCCUGGAAAUCAAUCAAUCCACCAUCAUUACACAAUGGAACAACCAAAUUAUUUAUUAUUGAAAUAGCAUGGACGACCUAGAAAAACAAAUGGGUACAAUUUAAGGCCAAAGUAGCAAACAAUAAUGCAGGCACUAGGGAUGGGGGUGUGAGCAUGUGGAUCUGGGCAGAUGAGCUGUAGUUGUUUUUUGUGUGAGUCUGUAAAUUCUUGUUCAUAUGUGUAUGUUUGUAUUUAGUGUGGGGGGAAAACACAAAACAUACAGUGCCCUCACAGUAUUCACACCCCUUGACUUUAUCCACAUUUUGUGAAAGCAUUCAUUUAAAAUUGAUUACAUUGAGAUGUUUUGUCACUGGCCUAGGCACAAUAAAUACCCCAUAAUGUUAUGUUUUUUUAAAUGUUACAAUUUUUUUUAAAUGAAAAGCUAAAAUGUCGAGUCAAUACGUAUUCAACCCCUUCAUUAUGGCAAGCCUAAAUAAGAAAAGAGUAAAAAUGUGCUUAACAAGUCACAUAAUACGUUGCAUGGACUCACUCUGUGUGCAAUAAUACUGUUUAACAUGUUUUCUUUAUGACUGCCUCGUCUCUGUACCCCACACAUGCAGUUAUCUGUAAGUUCCCUCAAUCGAGCAGUGAAUUUCAAACAGCACCUAUUUUACCCAUCUAUUGGUAGAUAGAUA